AUGGAUGAUUCGACGCACCCUCGCCCCUACCGGGCCCCUCGACGAGUUGCGACCGCACCGAUUCCUUUACGAGCGGCCAUGAGUAUUGGCUCUCCUGAUUCAGACAGCUUGGUCGAAACACUCUAUAACCAUCCCAAUGCCAAAAUCAUUUCCUUUACAGCCUCUGGAAGAGCUCUUUCGAGGAGCCCUGGGGGUCCCGAUGACGAACCAGGCAGCCUAUCGUGGUCCUCGCAGCUGGAGAGAACCAUCGCUGUUGGUCCAUUCCGUAUCUACCGAGCCCCCGGAUCCGUCGCCUUCCUGAACUGCGGUUCUGCACUACAACCCAUUUUGCCCAAGAGUCAGUGCUGGUGCAUCGACGAAGUGAAUAGCAAAUUUGUCUUACAGAUUCGACGACCAAAUUAUUGGAGGAUAGAGCUCCCCGUGCAAGACCCCGAGGAUCAGACCCGAGCUGAGGCACUGAGGGGAGUAUUUGAUAAGAUCCUUCAGUUCGAGAAGACUGAAUGUCCCUUCAAACGUUCGUUUACGGUCGAUCUGCCAGAACGCCCCCAGACACCGGUCACGAGGAGACCUUGGACGCCUGUGCAACGAUCGCUGCCUGGUACUCCAGCUUUUGAUACAUUGUCUUCAGUGGGCUCUCGGCGGUCUUCCUUUGUUGGGAGAGCGACCACACCUACACCUCUAAGCAACAGGCACUAUCCCGACUUUUCAACAAGUCCUUUAUCAAGACCCACGAGCUCGGCAUCCUGUGCACCCGCUUAUCCUCAACUACAAGUCCCCAAGUCGAGAUCCAGGGCUCAUACCGACAGUGUACAAUCCAGCGACGAUUUUCACACUUCCAUAUCCGGGGACGCAUCAGACCCUAAACCACUUGACGCUGUAUUGGAACGGCCGGCAGAACUUGACUCUUCGGAUCCCUUUCAACCUAGUUCAUGCCCCUCAUUCUCCAGCGAGGCUUACACAAACUCAUCCGACGGCGGAUCUCCACAGUUCUCUGCAACCUCUGUUUCGGACGAACCAUCAGUAUACGAGCUUCAUGAAGGGUCAGGAUAUCGAGGUGGCCGUAUGAAGGCUCGACUUCGACGGACUGCUGGCUUCACAAUGUCGCGAUUAGUCACCUUGCCACCACAUUUAAUGUUGGGAACGAACAAGUCUUCCCCAUCUGAGAAUAUUACACCCUCAAGUAAAGAGCCUGGGCAUCCAGAAGCCCCGUCAAGCAAUCCCGACACCUCGGAUAAGGCCAAUAAGCAACCUACUGUCGAAAACGACGACAAGGUUGAACCCCAACAUCGACGCCGAGAUAGCGAGGAGUCGUUUCAUAGUGUUGAGUCCUGGCAUUCGUCCACUGCUCCUCCGCCUCUAUCUCCCCUAACAUCUCAGCCGGAUUCCCCUGUCGAGGAAAUCCAUGAGGGGAGAGAGGAGCAAAAGACCACCACAUUGCUGAGCCCACUUCUCGAGGCAGAUAAAGCCUUAGAAAGCGCAAGCAGCUCCGGAAUGCCAUGUGCAUGGGAGUCGGACUCAGACGAGGAGGACAAUGUUUCGGCUGCAUCUAAUCCCGCGCCAACGGCCUCAGACGGAGACUCUAGUAUUGAUGCCCUACCUGGACAUGCUAAUGGCGAAUCAACACCUCCAUCUCACUUUCAACGCCCGGCCGCGAGGCACCGGGCCACUACCAGCAGCAUCUCAGUAAGGCGACGCCCGCUAUCUCCACUGCCUUCAGCUGCGAAUCUCUUUACGCCACCCACGGUGUCGACCACGGAACGAAGGACGUACAAAAGCAGAUUGGAAACUGUGAAGAACCUGCCCAUGGCCAUUAUCAGUAAGACUUGCGAGAUGAUAAUUGGGCCCCCAAGCCACCUUAUCACUCUCAUGCUCAAGGUUGCGGCGAAAAUUGUUGCCGGCCAGUGGAGUGGCUUGGUGUUUGGGUACGGUGACGACGGAGAGCAGAUACCCGUCCAGUGGGACUAUUCGGAAGGGGACUUUAGCGACUGGAGCGACGAUGAGCCUCACAUUGGCUCCCACCACGAUCACCAUGGGCACCAUAGGCACCAUGGACAUCAUGGACAUCGACGCCAUAGCAGCCACGCCAUGCACACCCAUGAUAAGGAGGAGACAGCGACGGCCGAGCAACCUGAAUCCUCAGAUGACAGCCGAAGCUGGGGGGUGGAUUGA